CACCCCACCCCGCUCUAACCUCCAUUCGGCCGCAGCCCGCUCCGCCCCGCCCUCCCACCGCCCCCACUGCGCAGGCGCCGAGCGUGGGGAAGAUGGCGGCGCCCGUUGACUUGGAGCUGAAGAAGGCCUUCACGGAGCUGCAGGCCAAGGUGAUCGACACGCAGCAGAAGGUGAAGCUCGCCGACAUCCAGAUCGAGCAGCUCAGCAAGAGCAAGAAGCACGCGCACCUCACCGACACCGAGAUCAUGACGCUGGUGGACGAGACGCGCAUGUACGAGGGCGUGGGCAGGAUGGCGAUUGCAUCUCCCCGCUCCCAACUCUCCUUUGUGCUGCAGCAGACUUGUAGCUGGUUCAGCCUGCUGUUGCGGUUUAUUCUUCAGUCUAAAGGAGUCAUUCAUAAUCAGCUUUUAGAGAAGCAGAGAAUAGCAGAAGAGAAAAUUAAGGAGUUAGAGACGUCUACUUAUGGCUGCUGUUGAAGACUGGACCCUAGGGAGGAUGGACUGUAAUGAUGUAAUCAGAGUACUCCUGUGUUCUUAUGGAGGGAGUGCUUAUUGAGGCAGAGAGGAAUACCUGAGAUGCACAAAGUAGUGUCUGCGCAAGUUCCAGCUGUAUGAACAAGCUGUCGUCUGAAUGUUGAGUAUCUUGUAGUUCUUUGGAGAAGGUGUUUAGAGUGCACUUCUUCCAAGGACAUUAGUGUUUUGUUUUUGCUUUUUGUUAAUGCUCCUAAAAUAAAAUCAAUACAUAACUGUGUUCCUUAGCUUUUGGGGAAUGGCAACAAGGAUAGGCUGAGUUGAGUCAAGCUGCUUGUCUAAUCUGUUAAUGUUUUGGAGAAGGUUUGCUUGCAGAUCAGGGAAGCAGGGACAAGCAGCAAUAGGAAGUAGGUGCUCAGACAGGACUGUGUGGUCUCUAUUGUUUCCUAUUUACACUACAGCAAAAGUCAAGUUGCGUUUUUUUUCACAACUUGUGGCUUUUUGUGUGUUUCUUCUUAAGACACUUUUUGCCAUGGGAACUAGCAGGUUGUGUUCCCUGCCAUGUUUUCUGUGUCAGAUAAUAAGGGGCCACCAGAACCUUUCUACACAGGGAAAGUAAGUACUCCAUGGAUAGGCUGUAUAUGUCAGCUAGUAUUCAUGCUGGCAAGGCACAGUCCUUUUUAUGCUUACGUGAUUAAAUGUGAUUGUAUCCAGGCUACGCUGGGACCAUGCCUGAAAACACUGGCUUUGAAUAAAACCAGCAGUGUCACUGAAGUUAUAGAACUUCAUUGCAGCGUGCCUGCAUUUGGAACUGAUUGGAGUGUGUUUGACAUUUUUGGCUACUAUACCUUUCAGCUGUGCAUCUCAGUUUCUCCCUGUUCCUGAUGGAACAUAAUCUUACCUCCUGAACUUUCAUAUUGCUGAGUUCAGGAGAAUGGAUGGAAUUCCCCCCCCACCCCCGGAUCAUAACCUUUGCCGUUCUUGCACUCGGCCUUGGAGGUGGUUGCUUCACAGAUGGUUUUUUUUACUGUUUUGUAGCUCUCUGUUGCCUCAGGUCUAUUGUUAUGGCCACUGAAUUGCAAUUCCCAGCAACAGUAAUUGUCUCAAAAGCUCAUAGAAGUGGGGAGGUAGAUUGUUUUUUUGUUUAACUAUUAGAAGUACGUCUUGGAUUGCUGGAACUUAUCACAGUUUCUUUUAAUUGAACAUUCAGGUCCGUCUUUUAACUAGUUUUCAGAUGUCUGGCAGUUUAGUGUGAAGGAUAUUCCUUGGACUUGGGAUUCCCUAAGGAAGAGGAUUAGAUUGACAGUUGCUGGAAAGUAACAUUUCAAGGGAAAUACCUGAGUCUGCUUAUCACAGGAGCAGAGAAUUUUGCUGUGCUGAAAACAAGUUGUGACAGAAAGAGAAAAGAAUGUGAAACUUUGUGACCUUGUGCUCCCACUAUGUUGUUGUAAAAUAAAUAUAAGACCAAGAUAACCAGGUUAAAAUAUCCCUUCAUCAACUGUUACAACUGGACAAAAAAUUAAAGCUAUUUUUCACAUUAACUACCUUAUUACUCAUCGUAAGUCAUACCUUACUACACUUUGCAUGGUUUCUUAAGCUAGCCAGAGUAAUCCUCCAGUAUCCAUGCAGUGCAGCUCACCUGGUUACUCUCAUAGCAUGAGCUGGAGGCAAUUGCAUGCUGCAGUUACAGAGCCAUUGCCAAGGUACUGUGAAAUGUGCAUUUUUGAUAUAAAUCUGAAUUUCAGAAAUGCUGUCACUGCUAACUCAGUUUUAUUCUGGAAGAGUGCAGAAUAAAGUUUGGGUUCACAGCUGAACUCUUCUCAGCUGUGUAGUAAGGAGAACUCCUGAGUGCCAGCAGCUUGUGAAAAUGUGGGCUUUCAUCUGCUUUGGAGGUGUGAGCUGGGUUUCCUGACAUUCACAGUUUCUUUUCUCUUUUCUGGCAGUGAUUGCAGUUAUUCUCUUUCCUUUACUCCCCUCUGUUGUGUUUGCCUGUUAUUGAAGACCUGCAUUGUUUCUUUUAUGUCAGCAUCAGGAGAGGGCUGUGACACUGCUAACCUGCUUGUCCCUGCUGCUCACUACACAGCAAAGCAGUGAGAACAGCCAGGGUUGGCUUUGUACAGCACUGUGAAAAUAAAGCUUUGCUGGAAUAUGCACUCCAUAUCCUUUG